GCACCGCCGACCACGCCGCCUCCCCCGCGCCCGUGGGCGGCCGCCGCUCAUCCCGCCCCCGCCGCCGCAGGCCGCGCCGCCCCCGCAGCAGGCCACGCUCAAGGUGCACCUGCCCAACGGCGGACUCAACGUCGUCAAGUACGGCGACGCCAUCGACGUAAAGGGCAUCAUCGCGCUGCUGACGAGCCGGCUGGCGGAGGGCCCGCGCGCCUACCAGCAGCUGUUCGCCAUGCGGCUGCGCCACGCGGGCACGGGCGCCGUGCACUGGCUGCACCAGGACACGCCCAUGAGCGCCGUGCAGGAGCGCUUCGCCGGCGCGGGGCCCGGCCCGGGGCCCGGCUCCGGCUCCGACUGGCGCUACGAGCUGCGCGUGCGCUACCUGCCCGGCGACCUGCGCGAUGUCUACGACAAGGACCGCGUCACCUUCUACUACUACUACGACCAGGUGCGCAGCGACUACCUGCUGGCCGACAUGGCGGGGCUGGACCACGAGGUGGCGGUGCAGCUGUGCUGCCUGGAGAUCCGCUACUUCUUCAAGGACAUGCCGCACGUGGCGCUGGACAAGAAGUCGAACCUGGAGUACCUGGAGCGCGAGGUGGGGCUGAACAAGUUCAUGCCGCGCGCCGUGCUGGACGGCAUGAAGCCCAAGACGCUGCGCAAGCUCAUCCUGCAGCACUUCAAGAAGGUGGCGGCGCUGUCGGAGCUCGAGUGCAUGUUCAAGUUCUUCGAGCUGCUGCGCGCGCACUACCGCUUCGACCAGGAGCGCUUCCGCUGCGCGCUCGGGGUGAGUCCCUGCGGCGCGGCCGACGCGCUUCCGGCGGCGGACGGUGGCGGCGGCCGCUCCUUCUCUCCCUCGGGCUGGUCCAUCCCGGUGGAGCUGGUGAUCGGGCCGGACCUGGGCAUCAGCUACCUGACGCACCGCGCCACGGCGCCCACGCGCAUGGCCGACUUCGAGCGCGUGCGCGAGAUCACCACGCUCACCUCGGCCUGCGACCAGCACCAGAAGGCCGUGGUGCAGCUGCGCGUGGCCGGCGCCGUCGACCCGCUCACCAUCACCUGCCCCUCGGCCGACGUGGCCGAGAGCCUGGCGGACCUCGUCGACGGCUACUGCCGCCUCGUCACGCGCUCCACCGCCUCGCUCUGGAACCCUGCUAUAUGGAAUCCUAUUCCUUGCCCUUGCCAAACAAAAGCACAUAAUCGUAUUUGGACUACAAAUGGAGCAAAUAUUGUUGUGUUCUCAGAUGGGCGAAGGAGUAGUCCAGAAGGAGGACAGCAGCCUAACACUGGCACAAUGCUCUCAGAAGACUACGCAGAAAUAGUAGAUGAGGAAGGAGACUACUCAACACCUGCAACUCGAGAUUACGAAUUAGUACGGUCCCAUGUUGAACUUGGUGAGACGAUUGGGGAGGGUCAAUUCGGAGAUGUGCACAAAGGAAGUUACCGAGCAUCUGAUGGUCAGUUAGUUCCUGUAGCUGUCAAAACAUGUAAGGCAGAUGCAGACCUUGCCACCACUGAGAAGUUCCUAGAAGAAGCCUAUAUCAUGCAACAAUUUGAUCAUCCACACAUCAUCAAACUAAUUGGAGUAUGUUCUGCAAGUCCAGUUUGGAUUGUAAUGGAACUUGCUCGCCUUGGAGAAAUGCGUGCUUACCUGCAAAGCAACCGUCAACGUCUUGACCUAGCCACACUGUUAUUGUACUCAUUUCAGUUGUCUACUGCUUUGUCUUACUUGGAAAGUAAAAAAUUUGUGCACAGGGACAUAGCUGCACGCAAUGUUUUGGUGUCUUCCCAUCAUUGCGUUAAAUUGGCUGACUUUGGUCUGAGUCGUUGGGUGGAAGACCAAAGCUACUAUAAGGCCUCCAAAGGAAAAUUGCCAAUUAAAUGGAUGUCCCCUGAAUCUAUUAAUUUUAGGCGAUUUACAACUGCAAGUGAUGUGUGGAUGUUUGGUGUCUGUAUGUGGGAAAUUCUGAUGCUAGGUGUGAAACCUUUUCAAGGUGUGAAAAACAACGACGUGAUUGGCAAAAUAGAAAAUGGUGAACGGCUGGCCCUACCUCCUAAUUGCCCUCCACGUCUGUACAGCCUAAUGUCACAAUGCUGGGCUUACGAACCUAGCAAGAGGCCUAGUUUUAAAGACAUUCGAGAGGUGUUGCAUGAGAUCUUACUGGAGGAGCGUCAUCAGCAAACUGAGACAAUGAGACGAGAAAACAGACGUGUACAGGCUAUGUCUUGGGGCUCUUCAGGAUCUGACGACCCUCCUCCACCAAAGCCAGCCCGUUUCCCAGCAGGCCUUGCAGCUGACUCUACAUCUUUGGCAUCGUUAUCUGGUCCUACUGGCAAUGCUGAAGCACCAGCUCCUUCCACCUACAUAGUGGCACGCAACCCGGAAGUGCUUGCUCAACUGCUGCGUGAAAAUGAGAGCCGUGGUGUGUCUCCUGCUGUCUACACAACGCCAGCCUCUGCUUUCAACACAUUAACGGUAGAUUUUGAAAAAGUGAAUGCUGGUUCUGGGUCAACUGGCAGCACUGCAGCUGCUGGUUCCACAACUGUCACCCCCGGUCCAUCUUCUCCAGGCCCGGUUUCACCUACUCCUUCUUCUCCCAUUCCAACCCCUGCUGCUACCCCUAUUUAUGGUGUGUCACGUAAAGCGCAGAAGGCUUCCACGACUACAUCACCAGCUGCAUCACCAGUACUCCAAGCAGUGCGAUCGCGUCCUGUGGUGGCAGCCACUGCCACCCCUGCGUUGUCACCUGAGGAGGCUCUCCAGGCUUCCACGCCUGGUCCCACCCCAACCCCCCAGGGUGCGGAAGCAUCUGUGUAUGGAGAUGCUGCAUUGGCUGAAGCUGCUCGUGGUUGUCCUGAUGGCUCCACUGAAAACAGUUUACAAAGAGAGCAGCAGCAACUGCAACAAAGGCUGCGACAGCAACAGCGUCAAUCUGAGGAGGAUAGUCGAUGGCUUCAAGAAGAGGAGAUUAAUUUGAAGAAGAGGCUGUCUGUGGCCACCACGCUGUCCGAUCGCUCUGACACAGACUCUGGUGCCGAGGGUGGGCCAAUGCCUGCCCCUCCAGGCUCGUCCUCUGUGUCGGAUUGGGAGCGGGAGCGCUCCUCCACUCCUCUGAGCAAUGGAUCUACUGAAGAGAGAGUCAUUGUUGUGAAGAAAAUGGAACCUACACCCACUGCAGAUCUGGAUCGAACCAAUGACCAGGUCUACGACUGUACUACUAGUGUUGUGAAGGCUGUAAUGUGUUUAUCACAAGGUGUGCAACAGAGUCGAGCUGAACAGUACCUGGACCUGGUAAGGCAGGUGGGCGUAGAGUUGCGUGCCUUACUGUCGAGUGUGGACAGAAUGGUACCCCUUUUCCCCGUUAGUGCUCACAAAGAGGUUGAAAUGGCUCAUAAGGUGCUAAGUAAGGAUAUGGCUGAAUUAGUUAAUGCAAUGAAAUUGGCCCAGAGUUAUAGCACCACCACUCUUGAUGCAGAGUAUAGAAAGGGAAUGCUUUCAGCAGCCCAUGUUCUUGCUAUGGAUGCAAAGAAUUUGCUAGAUGUCAUUGAUUCUGUGCGAAUUCGCUUUCCGGAAGUGAAUGCUGCUGUGUGCUCAGGUCCUGCAGCAGACACUAGCUAGCGGACACAUUUAAUGCCAGGGCAUUUACUUUGUUGCCAGUGUGUUGUCAGCCAUCCAGCUAUUGUAACGCUCCUGCUGCGCUGCUGCGUGCUUCAUCUUUUUGAAUCAUGCACAUUCCAGUAUGUUUUUAUCUAUGCUGGAAUCAAGAGACAUGGUGAUAAAUAUUAUUAUGGUGUUUUUUUUCUUAUCUCAGUGGGAUGUUGAAUAUGCUGGGUGAAAGAAAAUGUCAAUAUUUUGAUUGAGGAGGCCUUCCAUUACCUGACACCUUGCCAAGUAUUCAAGGUUGAUGUGUGGUCAUUGCUGGUGCAGGCACUCUGGGUCCUACUUUUUCUUGUCUUUGACUGCUAACACACAAAUGAAACACAGCUAAAAAUCAGCAAACAGUAUUGUUGCUUACCUUUUGCAGAAAUCUUAUGAAGCAUGUAUGAUCGCUUUCGAAAAACUUUAGCAUUACAGAGCAUGUAUGUUCUUAUGAGUUUACAAGUUUUCUGAUUUGUAUUGAUUAGCAAGAUACACAGAACUUAAGUUUUUCCAAGCAUUCAGUAGAAAUAUCAACUUCUGAAACAUAGUAGUUUGCACACAUUUCAUAAGCUGUGUUUUUAAAGAACCGUAUUGAAUAUGAAAGUCAUAUUAUUAACCUUUCUUACUUUUUUUUUUUUUUUUUUUAAUCAUCUGUUUUGUUAUAAUUUGGCUCAGGGAUCCCUCAUUCUAAAAUAAGAAUGAUAUGCCACAUUUGUUAUGCGGACCAUCAAAAAGCUGUAACCUGUUAUUCUUGUCCUCUUGUUAGGCAUAUUUUCUUCAUUCUUCCAUUCUUGAUUGUUGAGGAUCAAUUCUAUUAGACUUGUAUAAGGUAUUACAGUUCUUUAAUAAAUUAAUUCAAUUUGUAUUGGAGAGUAAUCAGAUGCUCUGUAACUAACUAAUAUGUAUUUCAAAAUUUCUAUCUAUACAAUUUCUUAGUAUUCUUGAUUUAACAAGGGAAAUUUUAGUCAUAUUUUUUAUUGGAUUUAAUAUCUUUUAAAGUAUAGAUUAUAAUUUUAUUUAUAUUUUUAUGAGUUCUUUUAGUAGAAUGUAGCAUGGGAUCCCUGAUAUAGACCAACUGAAAAUGUGGAGUGCAUAGAGAGGUUAUAAUCUUCCUCAAAUUGGACUCUGUUCUUAAUAUCUACUUUUGAAAUUGCACCAAGAGUGAUGUAACUUUGACCAGUACAUCCAGAUAGCUUUAAGUGCUCCAUUGAAUGAAAUUGUGAUUUGUUUGUUUUAUUUUGGACAAUUCAGACACAUUCUCCAUGAGUCAAUGUGAUGUGAAUUUAGAUUGUAAUUAGUUGUAACAUAAUGACGUGCAUGGCUCCAUGUAACAGGCAGAUAGACACCAUAUUGUAAAUACUAUACAUAUAUAUACAUAUACAGAUACAGAGUGCUGUUCCACAAGCUAAAAUUUUGUAAGCAGACCUGUGAAAGAAGGUGUUGUAUAUUUCAUUUAAUAAUAGGUGUGUAUUGAUGACAAGAUAUUUUAAUUGGUAAAAUGGAAAAUUUAAAACAAAUAUUUAUGAUGAUAACUUAAUUCUGAAGCUCUGACAAUUUCCAAGGUUAUCCUGACUGGAGACAAUGUUCAUAAAAUAAUUUGUAUAGUCAUACAUUUCAGAGUAUCUAAUGCACAUAUGUCAUACACUUGUGAUCUUUUUCAACUUAAGCUGGAAUAUACUUUCUUUUUCUUCAAUUUACAUUCAGUAAAAACAAUCAUUCCUAUAUUCAUUCUGUGCUACUGUUUUUUGUUAUAAUAAAUGAGUGUUAUGAAUAUUGGUACUACUUAGUUAAGAAUAAUGGUUCUGUUUUAAAGAACUAUUGUGCAAUUAAAUAAAUGAAAUGGAUUCUUGGAUUUGAUUUGUUUUGUUUUGUUUUCUAUCUCCUUGAGUGGAGUGAUAGAUCACUAUUGGCAUUUAAUUACUAUGUACAUUUCUGCAGAAAAAUCUAUGAAACAAAUAAAAGCACA